AUGGCAGCUUCCAAAGAAGAAACUAACGAUAGUGCUAAAAGCGCCUACACGAUCCCAGAUGUCGCACUGGGGCAGAGAAGGAGAGUGAAAGUGAUAUUCAUUGGGUUUGGCCUCACGGGAAUCGACUUCGCGUACAAGGCCAAAACUCAUCCCGAUCUUGACUUUCAGAUUUACGAAAAGAAUCCCGCCGCUGGUGGGACAUGGUUCGAAAACACCUAUCCAGGAUGCGCAUGCGACGUUCCAAUCGCAAUUUACCAGUAUUCAUGGAAUCUUAAGACGACUUGGGAUAAGUACUACGCGUCCCAACCUCAGAUAUGCAACUACUUGCAAAAAACCGCAGAAGAGCACGAUCUUAAUCAAUUUGUGAAAUACAGCCACGAGGUCAUGUCUUGUGAUUUUCUUGACAAGAAGGGCCAAUGGCGCGUGACCAUCAUGCCCAACAACGACCCCACCAAGAUCUUCACCGAGGAGGCCGACUUCCUGAUCAAUGGUUCCGGUAUCUUGAACAACUGGGCUUGGCCUGAUAUUCCGGGGUUCCACGAUUUCAAAGGCGACAAAACUCACUCGGGCCACUACGACACCAAGCUCGAUCUCAAGGGCAAACGCGUCGGAGUCAUUGGACUUGGAAGCUCUGCCAUACAGACUGUGGCAGCCAUUGCCCCCGAAGUAGGAUCAAUGGUUUUAUUCCAUCGCACGCCCACUUGGAUAGUUCCACAUCUAGCCACCAAAUUUGCAGAUCCAAAUGGCAAAGAUAUGGAAUAUACCCCAGAAUUGAAAGAACGGUUUGCAAAGGAUCCCAUCGACUACCUGGAGUACGUUAAGUCCGUUGAACGGGAACUCUCUGGCUUGUUCAAGGUGUACAUUAAAGGCUCCCCAGAGAUGGUUUUGGUAAACGAGAUGGCUCGCAAGUCCAUGUUAGACAGACUUGGUGACCGCCAGGAUCUUAUAGACGCCAUGGUGCCAGUCGACUUUCCUGUGGGCUGCCGCCGUCCGACACCAGGGACCGGAUUUUUAGAGGCUCUUCAACAACCGAACGUGAGACUGGCAUCGGGAUGGAUCACCCGCGCCGAUUCGGCUGGGUUAAUACGCGACACGGGAGAGCACGUUGAGCUGGAUGUCAUCAUUUGUUGUACCGGAUUUGUCACCACGUUUCGUCCGCGGUUCCCCCUGAAUGUUCGUGGUGAAAACCUUUCGCCUAGGAUUGGAGUAUCCGACAGACCAACGUAUAUGGGACUGGCAACGCCAGGGGUUCCCAACUACUUCGUAUCAAUGGGACCGUAUGCUCCAUACGUGCAAGGUUCUGCGAGCAAAACAGUUGAAUACGCUAACAACUACUUCCUGCAAGUGAUUGCAAAGUUUCAGACCGACUUCAUCAAAGAGAUCGUUCCUAAGUGGGACGCCUCACAUGACUUCAAAACCCACGCAGACACCUAUAUCACGCGAGGAGUCUGGGGCGAGGCCUGUCGAUCAUGGUUCAAGGGAGGGGAUGCCAGCGGGAUGCCGGCCAUUUGGCCUGGAUCUCGCGCUCAUUCUUUGCGAUCGAUUGAGACUCCUCGAUUUGAGGACUACGAGAUCACGUAUGUUUACGGCAACAGAUUUGCAUACAUGGGCAAUGGUUUCGACUGCUCUGAAAUUGACGGGUCUGACUCCACCUGGUAUUACGCGCGACCGGAUCGGACGAAUAGACUACCUGCUUGGGAAUUCCCAACUCCACUCUCGAGUGGGACAGAAAAGGGGUACUAG